AUGGCAACGAGUACUGCCGGUCAGGUGGCGGAAAGCGCUGCGACCGUUGAGGCAUCAGUUGCUCAGGACGCUGGGCAAGAGGCGCGGGACCGAGCUUUGGCCACAAGAAAUACAGCUACAGAGGAGAGCUCUGAGGCAGACUUGGCUCAACAAGAUGACCGAAUUCGCGUCGGGGCAGAGUAUCAAGCACAUCUCCCAGCUCAUGAAACUGUGUAUGAUACAGCACAAUUGCGCUCGCAAUUAGUGCAUCCGCGCCGCAUGUGGCGACCCGCAGACUGCCCCUUCAGUGCCCAAAAGUUGGAGGACGUUGUGAAGCAGCUGCGGCAAAUAGCGCCCAAUCACAAGCGUGAUCAGCUUCUGGGUGUCUUGUACUGGAACAAGUUUGAUCUGGAGGCUACAAAGAAGGAUCUACAAGACUAUGUCCCGCACCCCUGUGAGUUGCAAUGUGACAGUGUGGGAGGUCGCCACACCCGCCUCACUGGCUCGCUGCUGGACGAUGACGUGAACUGGAGCGAUGACGACGUCAAAAUGUUUGCUGCCCUGUUUCGCCAGUAUGGCAAAUAUUUUCACAAGAUUUCGGCGCGGAUGCCACACAAACCCAUUGCCAACAUCAUCAAGUUUUACUACCACUGGAAAAAGGUUCAUCGUGUGGACAACCCAGCCAGUCUCAAGCGCGCCCCCUCACCCACGUCUGGAAAGCAAAUCCUGAGCGAAAUUGAGCGACUACGUCAGCACAAGAACAACGCACAGACCUCGCAGAAACGGGCCAAGGCUUUGCAGGCACAGAUAGAUUCAUUCGAGGAUCCAAUAGCGCAGGUUGAUGUGCCGCCUCAUAUUGCUGAACUAGCAGCAAAGCGUGCCAAGUCAGAGCUGCAGGCCCCGGCCGCCACACCCUCAAGUGUCGAUAAUCAAGUUCAAACAAGUUCUGAUGGCGAGACUCAACAGGCGCAGGUCUUCUCCAAAAUGAUCAUGAGCCAUCGCAGCAAAGUUGGCGAGGACCCAGAAGCUAUUAGCCGACUUCUCCUGGAGCGCCAGGGUGCCCGUGUUUCUCCUCAAGCGGUGCGCACUCCAAUCUCAUGCACCGCCUGA